AUGAACGAGUAUACGAGAUCGAUACGAACAACGACGCUUUCGGUCGAGCGCGAGCUGACCGGCUCGGAGAAUUCUCGGAGAGAAUCGCUAAGGGCGCCAGGUACCUCCCUGCUGAAGGAUCUCGUCUAUGCAGGAUGGAUGUGGUCGUGUGAUCUGCGGACGCACGCUGGCAUCGUAUCGUAUCGCAACAGAUCUCACCGCGGAUUCGCGUUUCUAUAUUCCUUCCGCAUCCAGGCGCAGGCUCGAUACAGCCUAGACACUUUCCGAUCUCAUCAGCCUGUCACGUUGAGAAGUCAGGACCCAUCGGCUCCCAUCCGACAUCUCAUCGCACUCACGGAGCUUCUGAGCAGACACUACGCGGCUUUUCUGUCGGAUCUGACGCUCGCGAUCCCGACAUUGACCUUCCAAAACCCACUUGUAUUCGCAACCCGGCUCAUCCGACCAUCGUGA